AUGUUUUUUGGACAAAAUAUAGGAGAUAUAUUUCUAUUAUCUAAAUUUCCAAAUUUAACAUCAAAUGAUAGUUUUGAUUCUUCUGUUGCAGCUUCAUAUCCACAAGCAGUAGAAUUUCAUUGCGGAAUUUUUAUUGACAAUCAAAGUGUAAUACAUUCUACACCACAAAAUGGUGUUGUUGAAGAAAAAUUGAUUGAUGUUAUUAAACAUAUAAAUCCCGAUAAAGUAGAUAUUUUAUCAGUGGAACAACCUAUUUUGAUGAAAGAAAAGGCAAUUAAAUGGGCAAAGAAUCAAUUAGGUUGUGGUUAUAAUCAUUUAUUUACACCUUAUAAUGAUAUUAAUGAUGAAAAAAAGCCUAUAUAUUGUUCUCAAUUAAUUAUAGAGGCAUACAAAAAUGCUAACAAUGGUUUAUUUAUUUUUGAAGAGAUUUUAAUGCGUUUCACUGAUGACAAAGGAAAAAUUCUCCAAUUUUGGGUAGAUUAUUUUGAUAAAUUUAACGCUAAAAUACCAGAUGAUAAAUUUGGUUCACAUCCUGGACAAUUUAAAAAUUCAAAAUUUACUAAAUUAAUAUUUUCUAAAUUGUUUACUUAUUCAGAAAAAAUGUUAAAAAAUUUUUUACAGAAACCUAAUAAUAUAUUUUCUACUUUAAAUUUUGUUUCAAAUUCUCUAAUAGGAAAUGUUGGUUCUAAAACUAUUCCUUUAAUUUCACCUAGAGAUGGUUCUAUUUUAAGUAAUAUAUCAUUAGCUGAUUCAGAAUUUUGUAGUAAAACUAUUUCUAUUGCUAGUAAUUCUUAUGGAGAAUGGAAGAAAUUAUCUAUGACACAAAAAUCAUCAAUUUUUUUGAAAGUUGGUAGAUUAUUAAGAGAAAAUGUUAAUUUAAUUGCUAAAAUUGAAUCUAUAGAUAAUGGAAAACCAAUUAGAGAGGCUAUCUGGGAUGUUUUGUCAGCUGCUGAUUGUGUAGAAUAUUUUGCCUCUGCUGACAUAUCAGGAAGAUAUUUUCCUUUAGAUCAAGCUAAUUGUAAAAGUGGUUUUACAAAAAGAGAACCAUUUGGUGUUGUUUGUUGUAUUGGAGCAUGGAAUUAUCCCAUUCAGACUGCUAUGUGGAAGAUUGCUCCAGCUUUAAUAUGUGGAAAUACUGUUGUUUACAAACCAAGUCCUUUGUCACCUGUUUCUCCUGUUAUUUUAGGAAUAUUAUUUGAAUAUAGUGGUUUACCAUCUGGUGUUCUUAAUAUUAUUCAAGGAGAUAGUGAGUGUGGAAAAGAGUUAUGUCUUGAUGAAAAUAUUAGUAAAGUAUCUUUUACUGGUAGUGUUUCAACUGGUCAGGCAAUUUUAGGAUAUUGUUCUAGUAAGAUGAUUAAACCUGCUACAAUGGAACUUGGGGGUAAAAGUUCAUUAAUUAUAUGUGAAGAUGCUGAUAUUGAAAGUGCUGUUUAUGGAGCAAUGAUGGCAAAUUUUUUUAGCCAAGGUCAAGUUUGUUCUAAUGCAUCUAAAGUUUUGGUACAUAAAAAUAUUUUACCUAUAUUUACAAAAUUAGUUGUUGAAGAAACUAAAAAAUUAGUCAUUGGUGAUCCAUUAUCUUCAAAAACACACAUCGGAGCAUGUAUAAGUUUAGAACAUAUGAGACGUGUCAAAAAUUAUAUUGAUAACAGUUUAAAAUUAGGAGCAACAAAAUUAUAUGGUGGUGAGAUUGUAAAACUUGAUGGUGAGUUAUCAAAUGGCUUUUAUUUAUCACCUUGUAUCUUAACAAAUGUUGACAGUAAUAUGAAAGCUUAUCAAGAAGAAAUAUUUGGUGCUGUCAUGAUGAUAAUACCAUAUGAUAAUGAUGAAAAAGCUUUACAAAUAGCUAAUGAGACAAUAUAUGGUUUAGCAGCUGGUGUUUUUACAAAUGAUCUUAAAAAGACUAACUAUUUUGUUGAUAAUCUUAUUGCUGGUAACGUUUAUAUUAAUACAUAUAAUGAUACUGUUCCACAAUUACCAUUUGGUGGAAUGAAACAAUCAGGUUAUGGAAGAGAACAAGGACAUGCAGCUAUUGAAGCUUUUUCACAAAUUAAAUCUGUUUACUUAAAUACCUCUGGAAAAAUUGACAAUCCAUUUUAA